AUGAACAUCCACACAUAUGGAUACAUGAACAUCCACACAUACGGAUACAUGAACAUCCACACAUACGGAUACAUGAACAUCCACACAUAUGGAUACAUGAACAUCCACACAUACGGAUACAUGAACAUCCACGCAUAUGGAUACAUGAACAUCCACACAUAUGGAUACAUGAACAUCCACACAUAUGGGUACAUGAACAUCCACACAUAUGGAUACAUGAACAUCCACACAUAUGGAUACAUGAACAUCCACACAUAUGGGUACAUGAACAUCCACACAUAUGGAUACAUGAACAUCCACACAUAUGGAUACAUGAACAUCCACACAUAUGGAUACAUGAACAUCCACACAUAUGGAUACAUGAACAUCCACACAUAUGGAUACAUGAACAUCCACACAUAUGGAUACAUGAACAUCCACACAUAUGGAUACAUGAACAUCCACACAUAUGGAUACAUGAACAUCCACACAUAUGGAUACAUGAACAUCCACACAUAUGGAUACAUGAACAUCCACACAUAUGGAUACAUGAACAUCCACACAUAUGGAUACAUGAACAUCCACACAUAUGGAUACAUGAACAUCCACACAUAUGGAUACAUGAACAUCCACACAUAUGGAUACAUGAACAUCCACACAUACGGAUACAUGAACAUCCACACAUAUGGGUACAUGAACAUCCACACAUAUGGAUACAUGAACAUCCACACAUACGGAUACAUGAACAUCCACACAUACGGAUACAUGAACAUCCACACAUACGGAUACAUGAACAUCCACACAUAUGGAUACAUGCCCUAA